GUACUUUGUACGUUGUGUGACAAGCUUGCGAAACGUCAGAUUAAAAGGCUUUGUGAUGCAUUGUGUUGGUUCUGAUUCCUGUAAUAAUACUGUCAUUUAAGAUCGUUGAUUACAAUCAAACUUUCGAGCAUAGAAACUUGAAGAGAAACGCAUAAUUCUUAGUUCUAUAGUGUCGCUUUUAAUUUUGUUAAAUACUUAUAUGUGUGUAUAUAUUUACUUAUAUUAAUAUCAAGAUGUCGAACAGAGGCGAAGAUACAUUUUGUAAGAAAAUGCGAAAAGCCACGAGAGAAAUUCACUCGAUCAGUGACGCUUUAGUGAAUGCCAAAUUAGCAUUUGGAUUUCUCAAUAAUUCCGUAUGGGCAGAUGGUCUUUUAGUAUUUUAUGAAAUAUUCUUAUAUUUAGAAGCUGCUAUGCUCAGAUUAAAGAAUACUAAGAUAGGAUUAUUUCCAAUUGAUAAACUUUCUCGUGUGAAAGCUUUCGAGUCCGAUCUAGAGUUUUACUUAGGAAAAGGGUGGACGAGAAACUACAGUCCUAGGGACAGUGUCGUCAAAUAUCUGAUGCACUUAAGGGAAAUAGAAGAUACAGAUCCUACAUUACUGAUAGCAUACAUUUAUCAUCUGUAUAUGGGCCUUCUUAGCGGAGGAAUUAUUCUACGUAAAAAACGGCAACUAAUGCAGAAGAUUUUGCCAUUUAAAAAAAUUGACGCAAGCGGUAAUAAUAUUACAGAUUUUGAGUGUAGUAUCUAUGAGCUUAAACAAAAUAUACGCGAGACGAUGAAUAAGAUUGCGGAAACGUUGGACGAAGACACAAGAAAUAAACUUAUCGAAGAGAGUAAAGUAGUUUUUGCAUUAAAUAAUGAGAUUAUUAGAAGCAUUCAAGGUGCAGGCAGUUUCCUUGCGAAAAAAUCAUUGUAUUUCAUUACUAUUCUUGCGGUAGUUCUUCCAAUCUGUAUAAUCUUUUUCAAGAAUUCUAAUCUAUUUUAAAUAAACAUUUCAUAAUUUGUUGCUAACGAUGUAUAUGCACAAUCAUUUCCUUGUGUACCAAUCAAGUACAUAUAAAACGAACUAUUUCUUUAAAACAUUA